UGGCAACCGGCACGGGCGGGCCGAGCCGCCAUCUUAGUUCUGUGGCAGCCGCGCCGGGGCUGGACGGGACUGACAGGAGAGCGGCUCCUUCUCCUCCUCCCCCUUGUAGUCGCCGUUCUCGGACCUUUUAUUUAUUUAUCAAACAUUCGUCAUAUUAAUAUCAUUAUCGGGGGGGCAGGGCGAAAGACAAGCCGUCCCCGCUUUCCUUCGGGUUCUCCCCCCCCUCCCGGGGGUCGGUUGGGGGGCGCCGGGCCGGUGGUGGUGGUGGAGAGGAGGCGGAGAAGCCGCCUUUUCCCGGCCUAGCUGAGAUGCUGCUGUCGCCGCUGGCCCCCGCCUGCCUCCUGGCCGCGCUGCUCUGCGGGGGGAUCCGCGCUGCCCGAGUUAACAAGCACAAGCCGUGGAUUGAAACAACUUAUCAUGGCAUAGUUACAGAAAACGACAACACAGUCCUGUUGGACCCCCCAUUAAUAGCACUGGAUAAGGAUGCACCUCUCCGUUUUGCAGAGAGUUUUGAGGUGACAGUCACCAAAGAAGGUGAGAUUUGCGGAUUUAAAAUUCACGGGCAAAAUGUCCCCUUUGAAGCAGUGGUGGUGGAUAAAUCCACCGGUGAGGGGAUGAUCCGAUCCAAAGAGAAGCUUGACUGUGAACUGCGGAAGGACUACACGUUCACCAUCCAGGCCUAUGACUGUGGGAAGAGCCCAGAUGGAGCAAAUAUGAAAAAAUCCCACAAAGCAACGGUGCAUAUCCAGGUGAACGACGUCAAUGAGUACGCCCCGGUGUUCAAAGAGAAGUCUUACAAAGCAGCCGUCAUCGAGGGCAAGAGGUACGACAGCAUCCUGAAAGUGGAAGCGGUGGAUGCCGAUUGCUCCCCCCAAUUCAGCCAGAUCUGCAGUUACGAAAUCGUCACUCCUGACGUUCCCUUUGCCAUUGACAAAGACGGUUAUAUUAAGAACACGGAGAAGCUGAACUACGGCAAGGAGCACCAGUAUAAGCUCACCGUGACAGCCUAUGACUGCGGGACGAAGCGAGCUGCCGAGGACGUCCUGGUGAAGAUUAGCAUUAAGCCUACGUGCAAACCAGGCUGGCAAGGCUGGAGCAAAAGAAUGGAGUAUGAACCCGGGACUGGCUCCCUUGCUCUUUUCCCCAAUAUCCAUUUGGAGACCUGUGACGAGCCCAUCACGUCCGUGCAGGCCACAGUUGAUCUGGAGACCAACCAUAUUGGGAAAGGUUGCGACCGAGAUACCUACUCUGAGAAAUCCCUUCACAGGCUUUGUGGUGCUUCCUCUGACACUGCUGAGCUGCUUCCUCCUCCGAGCAACACGGCAAACUGGACAAUGGGCCUUCCAACAGACAAUGGCCACGACAGCGACCAGGUCUUCGAGUUCAAUGGCACCCAAGCCGUGAAGGUUCCAGACAACGUGGUCACCAUCAACAUGAAAGAGCCUUUUGUGAUUUCGGUGUGGAUGAGGCACGGGCCUGGGGCCAGGGAAAAAGAGGCCAUCCUCUGCAACUCAGACAAGACAGACAUGAACCGGCACCACUAUUCUCUGUACGUGCACAAUUGUCGCCUCGGGUUCCUCUUCCGCCAGGAUCCUUCAGAGGGGCAGAGUUAUAAACCGGCAGAAUUCCACUGGAAACUGAACCAGGUGUGCGAUAAGGAGUGGCAUCACUACGUCCUCAAUGUAGAAUUUCCAACUGUGAUGCUGUAUGUUGACGGAGUUUCCUUCGAUCCUUUCCCGGUGACUGAAGACUAUCCACUUCAUCCCUCCAAAAUAGAAUCCCAGCUGGUGGUUGGAGCUUGCUGGCAAGAAUAUACAGGAAAUGAGAAUGACACAGAAAAAGCGACCGAGAGCCCUGCAGGUGGUGAGCUCCACAUGGCCCAAUUCUUCCGAGGGAACCUGGCUGGCUUAAUGAUCCGCUCCGGUAAACUGGAGAGUAAGAAGGUGAUUGACUGUCUCUACACCUGCAAGGAGGGGCUGGAUUUGCAGACGGCAGAUGGCGUUGGCAAAGGCCUAAAGAUCCACAUGAACCCGAGCCAGUCGGUGUUGACCUUGGAAGGAGACGACAUUGACAGGUUCGACAAAGCCAUGCAGCACAUCUCCUACCUGAACUCCCGCCAGUUCCCCACACCUGGGAUCCGGAGGAUCAAAAUCACAAGCACUGUGAAGUGCUCCAGCAACGAAGCCUGCAUUGCCAUUCCUUUUGUCGACGGCUACAUCAUGGUCUUGCAGCCCGAAGAGCCCAAGAUCAGCCUGAGUGGCAUCAACCACUUUGCCCGCUCGGCUUCGGAGUUCGAGAGCCCCGAAGGGGUUUCCCUCUUCCCUGAGCUUCGCAUCAUCAGCACCAUCACGCGGGAGGUUGAGCCGGAGGGGGACGGAGAUGAGGAUCCAACAGUCCAAGAAUCGUUGGUGUCCGAGGAGAUCAUGCACAACUUGGAUACCUGCGAGGUCACGGUGGUCGGGGAGGAGCUCAGCCUGGAGCAGGAGAGCUUGGAGGUCGAUAUGGUUCGGUUGCAGCAGAAAGGGAUGGAGAUGAGCAGCUCCAACCUGGGCAUGAUCAUUACCGGGGUUGACACCAUGGCCAGCUACGAGGAGGUUUUACACUUGAUUUGCUACCGCAAUUGGCAGGCCGUGUCUCUGUUUGACCGAAAGUUCAAGCUGGUCUGUUCGGAGCUCAAUGGGCGUUAUGUCAGCAAUGAGUUUAAAGUGGAGGUGAAUGUCAUCCACACAGCUAACCCCAUGGACCACGCCAACCACAUCGCCGCAGAGCCUCAGUUUGUCCAGCCCGUUCACCAUUCAUUUGUUGACCUCUCUGGUCACAACCUAGCCAACCCUCACCCAGGUUUUUCAGUGGUUCCAAGCACUGCCACAGUUGUGAUUGUGGUCUGUGUCAGCUUCCUGGUUUUCAUGAUUAUCCUGGGAGUCUUCCGGAUCAGAGCUGCUCACCAGAGAACAAUGCGGGACCAGGAUUCUGGGAAGGAGAACGAGAUGGACUGGGACGACUCUGCUUUGACCAUUACUGUUAACCCCAUGGAGACAUAUGAGGACCAGCACAGCAGUGAGGAGGAGGAGGAGGAGGAAGAGGAGGAAGAGAGCGAAGAUGGGGAGGAAGAAGAUGACAUCACCAGUGCAGAGUCUGAAAGCAGCGAGGAGGAAGAGGGGGAGCAGGAAGAGGACCAACAGAAUGUCAACAGGCAGCAGCAGCUAGAAUGGGACGACUCCACGCUCACUUAUUGAUUCCGGCUCUUCCCGCUGUUUGUCUCUCUUUGUCUCUCUUGCUCUCCUUUGUUCUUCAGUUCUAGAAGACUCCGCAGCAAACCACUCCAUUGCUCCUGAGGAUCUGUGGCAAGUCACUUGGGCCCGUAGAGCUGACCAACGCCCCUCGUCCUCCACCCCAUCCUGACGUCUCUUUUUCCUGGCUAGCCAUCCCCCCUUCAAAAGCUCUCGCCUCUAGAAUUUUAGCUAGUGGUCCUUCUCCCUCACCCUGCAAUGACUGGAUUGUUGUUAUUUUUGCCGUUUUUUACUCUACAAGGGACUGCCUUCAGCUCUGUCCCUCCCUCUUCUUUUGUCAUCUCAUUUAAGGGAUGUGACAGCUCUGUAGCCAUUGCACUUGCUAAACUGUGGUUUUUUUAAUUUUCAUUUUGGGCCCAGGGCUAAGAUUCCAGCUCUGUCUCUCUUACCAUGCUUUCCUAGGGGGGUGUUAAAAACAAUGCCAAGAUCUUUCAUUGACAAAAAAGGCUUACUUACUUUUGUAUUUUUAUUUCUUGGUGGGCUUUUGGAUUGGGUUUAUUUUUUUACUUUUGUGGAUCAUUACUUGUCUUUUCCCCCCUUCAUUUCUUCACUCAUACUCUCUGUAGUGCAUGUGUAAAGUGGCAGAAUGAGGUUACUACGUUAGAAGAUUUAAGAGACUUUUUAAUAUUUUGUAAAUAAUCUUGGAACUAUGUAAUUACGUCAUUUGUGGUAGUGAAAAUGGGAACAGGGCGAAGGAGGGAGGGGAACAAUCCAUGCUAGGGUUUUAAAAACAAGAAUCAUGCAGCAUGAUGUAGUAAUAAUGGUUUGGGUUCCUUCCCCCCCCCAAAAAAAUAACAAUUCUGCAACAGCAUGGGGCAAUGUUUAAAUAGCUUAGAGCAAAGUGAACGAUGAUCCAGUGGCAUUGGACUCAGGUGUCCUCUUCACUCUGGGCCAACCCUGUGGAGGGGUUUGUCCCCUCUGCAUUUUAUAUUUCUUUCAUUUGUGCGUGUGGGAGGGGAGUGAUUUGACUGCAAAGGCUUCUUUGCGACCCCUUCUCCGGGUCCAGCUGCCCUGCCUCGCCCGUUUCUGUUUUAGGGACAGUAAGUAGGUUGGCUUAGAGCACGUGAUUUCUUUCUCUUUCUCUUUUGAGGAAAAAAAGUCUUUUGCACAAACAGAGAAGCCCAGUUGCCGCUCAGACCUGGUGAGCUCUGGUUUCAUGCACUGCUCACACAGGUGGCUUGGUUGAUUGUCAACAGCGAGCAAAGCAGGGUGAUGUUGCUGCCUCUCUCAAGUCAGGGGAACUUGAGCGUGCAAUUUGGAGAGGAGGCUGGGUUGACUUUUCUCGCUGGCAUCAUUCCUGUUCUUGUUUUAAUUUAAAACACUCCUUUUCAUUCCCUGUCGCUCUUUUUUGUACAGUAAUGUGGGACAUGGGUCUUAUUUUAAGCAUUUCUGUUGUUUUCUUCCUUUGCGGUCGUUGUUUACACUGAACUACAUGUGAGCUACCUGUCCUGUCGAAACUGUGCUGUAAAUUACUCAUGGCAACCUUGUGCAUGCUCCUUAAGAACAACAUGCGGAUGAACACGGUUUGGGGGAACGGGUCGCCAGUGGGGGAGUCCGUAUCCAGCAAGGUUUCACCCCAGGUUUGGAAGGGACCAGAGCAGUUCUCCAAAAAAGCAAGUCAUGACCCCGACAGCAGAGGCGAGCACUGGGCUUUUCAUUAGGCAGGUGGUCCUCUCCUCUAACUCCCCCCCCCCCAUUUUGAGAGAGCCUUGAGUGUAUUGCUUUCUUUGCUUUUACAGUUGAUUUAUUCCCCAAAGGGGGUGUUACGCUAAAAAUUUCUUGCGGGUUGCCAAGUAGGGUAGGCCAAGUUCCAUCUAGCUGCCGUUGCAUGGAAGAUUCUGGCUGCUCUGCAGCUUCCGGCUGUAUCCCCCCAGAACAGGCAUUUGAGGAUCAGAUUCAACAACACGGAGGGGGGGAAAUGGAAUGUGUGUCUGUGUGUUUUGCAGAAGCAGAGGGGCUGGCGAGAAUAGACUGAAACUUUUUUUGGGGGGGGGGACUGUAGCUCAGUAGCAGAGCACCUGCUUUGCAUGCAGAAGGUUCUGGGUUCAGUCUUGUUUUAAACCCUAGAGACCUGCUAGGUGGACUGACUUCAUAUAAGGCAGCUUCCAAGAGAUACUUUACCUAUCCUGGAGCCGGUCUUUCCUUCCUCAGAUGUCGAGCAUUGCUCUCUCUCUCCUUGCAGCAGGGUUUGUUUCAGAUGUGGGAACCUGAGAGGGCCCCUCUAGUGUUGUGGGACUCCACUUUCCAGCAGCCCCAAAGCCAGCACGGGCCAGAGUCAGGGAUGAAGGGAGUUGUAGCCCGCGAACAGCCGGAAGGACCCCCAUCCCUGAGUUGGAGCGAAAGGUGGUCCCUGGUGUGCCUUUUACAAUAAGAUGGAACUGAAGGCAAGGGAAGUUGAACCCCACACCAAUCAGCAAAAAAACAACUGUAAACGUUUACAUUUCUAAAAUGGGCAAGGAAGUUGGUUUUGACAACUUUUACAUGGUCACAUAACUGCUAGUUUUAAGUAAAAAACGGAAAACUUUUAACUUACGCCCAAGUUGUCUUGUGUUUUAAUGUCACUGUGUAGAUAAGACACUAACCCUCUUUUUCCAUGAUACCAUCACUGUAGCAGCUGUAUUUUAGCGACUGUAAACUUGCUCAUGCCUCUCUCCCUCUUUCUUUUAAAUGCUAAUGCUGAAAGGUUGUACACUUUUUCUGAUGCCGUUCGUAGCCAUCAUGGGUCUAACAUUUCAAAUGUGUAUAUUGGUAAAUAGGUCAAGUUUGGAAAAAGUCUGAGCUACAAUAAAGUU